AUGAGCAGCAAUACAGAAGUGGGGGCGUCAACGGGAGUGUCCAGGGGGGCCAUUUAUUUUCCAUCACGGGGAAAGAGCCAAACGGUGGAGCCAGACCCGAACGCAGCGAACAACUUGUGUAAAAAAAUCUUCUUCCUAAGCAAGAAUGGGGUGAAAAAUGAAAGCGUGUGGAGGCAUCACUUGUUCGAAGCAGAAAGAGAGAAAAAAAACUUCCACCUGGUUAGCACAAAAAAUUUGUUUCUCUUAUUGCUAGGUUUGUGUAAGAGUCAACAUAUCGUGGGGGCCGUCCUGCGUGGUGGCUCCCUUAGGGGGGAAGCAAAAGAAACACACAAAGCUGACGUAGUGGAUGCCCUUAUAGAGAUCCUAUCGAAGAGGAUAGACCGACUGACGAACGGUCAGAGGAGCCUCCUACUGCACAUCAUCCGAAAGUUACACAGGAUGGAGCGGUACAACCAUGUGGUGAACGAAAUUAAUUGCCGAAUUUUGGAGGGAACGCCUUUAAAGAAGCUAAGCGCGAGAGCCUUUUCUAGUGUCCUCCACGUGUACGCGAGGAGUGGAGCUUCAAACACAUCUAGGGAGGGAGAAGGUCCCACUUGUAGGCGUCUUCCCCUUGAAGAAACCAUCAGCAACGCCUUUUCGGAACCAAAUGGGCAACAGAACAAACUGGUGAAGAUCCUCCUCAAGGGGAAGGUGCGGCUGGAGGAUGUCCUUCGUCUCCUCGGAGCCAUGCACAAACUAAGGAUAACAAAUAAGCAGAUCCUUCAAUGCGUUGUGCAAAUUUUAAAUGAAAAAGUGAAGGAAGAGAGUUACUUCCUCAUCCCGUCUCUUCUUCUUUACCUGGCCAACCUAAACGUCUACAGUGAGGAGCUGUGGGGAAAGCUGAAAGUGGUUGUAUUGCAGAAUUACCGCUUCUACAAUUCGGUGCAUCUGACGAAUGUGUUCUAUGGGUUCUCCAAGUUUAGACCCGAUGGCGUGGAGGACUUGUUUAACAUUUUGGCUAGCCACCUCAUGGAACGAAGCAGAAGGGGGGAAAAGCGGUUAACUCAGGGGAGAUCUAAUUCUGUAGAUUCUAACCCGUUUGAUGAACCCAAGUGGGAAGGUCCCCCCAGGGGGGACACACCCGACACGUUUAACCUCUUCCAAGCAACGAACAUUAUAAGAAGCUGCCUACUUUGCAGUUACUUAAAUUACAGCUUCUUUCACUUUUUACUUAACGGGAUCAACCGAUUGGAGGAACCUCAAUCGUUAGAAAACCAAAUUGAUUCCCUAAAGGUAGUGUCUAGCAUAUUAAAAACGUUCAACAGAUGCGUCUACAAAAGUGUUAUAUGCUUUAAUUACACCGAAAAGGGGGAGGAUCCCUCCCAGCAGGAGGGACAACCAACAUACGUCCACGUGCUAAACAGUGAGGACAUUCACAAGGAGAUGCUCACGUACAGAUGCAGAUACGACCCGUGUGAUAGCCACCUACCUAUGGUAGAGUACCUCUCUAUGGGGUCUACACCAACGGAGGAGCAACGCCAAUUUGAAUCCCUCUGGGAUGAUGUAAGCAAUAGGGUAAGAAAAAAAAUAGAACAGAAUUUAGGAACUCCCCACUUGAAGCUACUCCUCCACAAAUUGAUCCUCUCCCUAUCAUCCUCCCCUGUGAGGUCUGCAAAUCUAUACGCCUUGUGUUUAACCUUGGUGGAGGAAAGCAAAAGGGACAUCAGCGUUAACAACUUGUUUCUCUAUGCACAAAUUUUUCACAGAAUCAAAAUGUACGAUUAUGAGCUGUUCAUUUGGCUAGUAGAACACAUGAAGCAGAAUGCACAUCUGCUAGAUGUGAAGAAAAAAGCGAAAAUUAUUUUGCUGUCUUUUAACAUUUUUAAAAGGAUAAACGAGCAGGAGGUGCAGGAAUUGUGCCGCGUCCUAACUUCACACGAUGAUUCCUCUUUUCUGGAAGAGGAAACCCUUUUUUCGGAUGCUUCCCCCAUGUGGGAAAUCCCCGCAGCAAUAAAUAUGAGGAGAAGCAUCGUAGAGCUGGAUCACCUCUCGAGGGGGACCACCCCUAACGCUGUUUAUGAUGAGACUGGCAGUUCUCCAAUUGAUGGUGACGAUUCGGUUGGAAGGAGCCCCCCUGUGGGGGAAAAGCCCCCUCCUAGGAAAACCCCCCCCAUGGGUGAAACGGAGGAGGACCCCAAUUCUGCCUUACCAAGCAAGGUAAAUCUGUUCCACAAAAUAGAAAAAACGGAUACGCUACCAUGCCAUUUGGAGUUCACCGACUAUGUGAACUUUCUGCUCAUUUUGAUUCACAACUGGAGGGGAGAUGCAAGUGAGAGGGUUAAUCUCCGCUCGCUGAUUUCGAAGGGGGCAAAUGAUCUUGUGAAAAUUGGGCGGAUGGACGCAACUUUGGAUGGGUACACGAGGCGGUUAGAGGAGAACCUGCGGCGUGAGAGGGGCACCAUCGUUAAGUUGUUUGAGAAGCUCGAUCGUUUUUCUCAUCGGGGGCCUCACGCAGAGGAGGCAGCUAAGCUGGGCAGCGUAAAUAACCUGCAUAGCGACUUCUCCGUCCAAGUGGACUACCUGCUGCGUUUUGUAGAGGCGAUAAGUGAAGAGGUGCACGGCGAUAUAGUGAGGGCGAUGGGAGAUCAGCAGAGAGACCCGCUGAGAGACCAACUGGGAAACCUCUUCGCCCCCCUUAAACGCCCCUUCGAGUUAAAAGAGGAAGACUUGCAAUUCCUAAAUCGGUCGAGAGGCGGCAAAGGCAGCCCUUCCGCCACUCCCCCCACGGUCCACAACAACAAAACGAUUAAUCGGUACCUGUAUGGAAGUGUCCUGGAGGCGAUAAACCUCCUUCGACGGAGUUUCCAACUGCACAAGUGUAGCAAUGCUGCAGGCGUUUCUCCAAAGAGUAGCGGAAAUUACCUGAACGGAAUGGAAUCAUUCUACAAGAUAAACGGGUUCUUGAUAGCAGAUGUAGCGUUCAUUUUCGAAAAGGGGGGAGAAAAAUCAUUUCACUUUCUUCUAUUUUACCCACACGAAUUGAAAAAAACAGUUGUAAGGAAGUGUGGAAAUAGGAUUUUCCUAAAACGGGAAUGUGAUGAAUCGCUUCUCAUAAGCACCGAGGUGAUUUUCUUUUACAAUUUUUUGAGGAGGCAUUUUCGGCACGAGUUUCUUUUCAGCCUCGUGGAUACCACUCCGUUUGUUAAACUUUGCCAAUACACAAGUGGAGAUGCCUUGGUGGGGGGCCUUCCCGAUGGUGAUCGCGGCAUGCGCGAGGCCACCCGCCUUUUGGAGGCCAUCUCGAAGGCGUAG